UUGUGGCUUGUGCAUGAAUUCUUCAUACAUGACAUAACGGCGCAUAAUCCAUCAGUUACUGUUCAAGAUAUAUGGCGAGGUCUAGAAGGCGUGUACAAGAAAGGACUGGCCAGAUCAAUCGGUGUUUCCAACUUUAAUGUGGAGCAGAUCGAGCGUAUUCUUAAAAAUGCUGCUGUACCUAUUCACAAUAGUCAGGUCGAAUUACACUUAUACUGGUCUCAGCACGAAUUACAUAAUAUUUGCAAGAAAAAUAAUAUUUCACUGACUUCAUAUGGAUCGUUAGGGUCACCUGGUCGUGUGAACUUUUCACUUCCCACUUACAGCAAAUUAAAUUGGCCAUCAGCUCCAAAUCCACUAGAAGAUCCUUAUGUUAAAGAGCUAGCUGCUAAAGACAGGAAAACUCCAGCUCAGAUUUUAUUGCGAUACGUCUUGGAUAGAAACAUUGCCAUAAUACCAAAGUCCGUCAAUCCGGCACAUAUCGUCGAAAAUUUCCAAUUGUUCGACUUCUCGUUGACUUCUGACGAAAUUCAUCUACUCGAAUCAACACCGCAUCGUCAACGACUUUUCAUGCAAGAAUUCCUGGAAGGCCACCCUGAAGAUCCAUUUGCCGCAGAAAGGAAGCAUUAA